AUGCGAUCAGAAGAAGUGAAUCUUGACGCCAAGUUGAUGUGGAACGACUUCAGCUUUAUUCCGUAUAUUUCAAUGGAAUCAAAUAUUAAGCUUAGCUUCUCCAAUCAUUUCAAAAUACUAAACAUUGUGAAAGGAAUGAUCCAAAGGAGGGUGGCAGCCUUAGUGGACACUGAGGUUGCUGAAAAGCUUGCUGAGGCAGUGAAAACAAAUGUUAACCCUCGGCUGCAACAAUUUAAGCAAAAAAUGGUUUCUAUGGGAUAUACACACUAUGAAAUCGAAUGGACAGUACAAGACAAUGCUCUUCGUGUUACAUUCAAGCCCAAGAGGUAA